CGUGCUAGGGGCGGGGCUAUCAGUGGUCCGGAACCAGGUGAAGGUGAACCCGGCUUGUUUCACUCCGCCCGUCGCUGGAGCUCCUGUCACCCGUCUCCUUGUGCUCCCAAACGGGAUAACCUGCUUUGGCCUGAGCCAUGUCGGUGUUCGGUGAGGUCCCGCAGGCGCCGCCCGUAGCCGUCUUCAAACUGACUGCUGACUUCCGGGAGGACAGCCACCCUGUGAAGGUGAACCUGGGAGUUGGAGCUUACCGUACGGAUGAUUGCCAGCCCUGGGUGCUGCCUGUGGUGAAGAAGGUGGAGCACCUGAUUGUGCAGGAUGAUGGCCUGAAUCACGAAUACCUGCCCAUCCUCGGCCUGCCGGAGUUCCGCUCUGCUGCGUCUAAGGUCGCCCUGGGAGACGACAGCACUGCCAUAAAGGAGAACAGGGUUGGAGCCGUCCAGGCUCUGGGUGGGACUGGAGCUCUCAGGAUUGGAGCAGAUUUCCUUCGGCGGUGGUACAACGGUGUCAACAACACCGCCACGCCCGUCUAUGUCUCUGCGCCCACGUGGGAGAACCACAACGGCGUGUUUACCGAUGCUGGCUUUAAAGACAUCCGCUCGUACCACUACUGGGACGCUGCUAACAGGGGCCUGGACUACGCCGGCCUCCUGCAUGACCUGGAGAACGCUCCAGAACACUCCAUCUUUGUCCUCCACGCCUGUGCUCACAACCCCACCGGCACCGACCCCACCCAGGAGGAGUGGAAGGCCAUAGCAGAGGUCAUGAAGAGGAGGAAGCUGUUUCCGUUCUUUGACUCGGCCUAUCAGGGGUUCGCAUCUGGAGACUUGGACAGAGACGCCUGGGCCAUCCGCUACUUUGUCUCCGAGGGCUUCGAGCUCUUCGUUGCUCAGUCCUUCUCCAAAAACUUCGGGCUGUACAACGAGAGGGUGGGGAACCUGACGGUGAUCGCCAGGGAUGGUGACAACCUGAGCCGCACCCUGUCCCAGAUGGAGAAGAUUGUGAGGACAACCUGGUCCAACCCACCAUCUCAGGGAGCGCGGAUCGUCAGCAAGACCCUCAACAGCCCUGAGCUGUUUGCAGAAUGGAAGGAAAACGUGAAGACCAUGGCUGACCGCGUCCUGUUGAUGAGGGAUCAGCUGAAGACCAAGCUGGUGGGUCUGGGCACCCCAGGAACCUGGGACCACAUCACCCAGCAGAUUGGGAUGUUCAGCUUCACUGGCCUCAACCCCAAACAGGUGGAGUACCUGAUCAAAGAGAAGCACGUGUACCUGAUGGCCAGCGGUCGCAUCAACAUGUGUGGUCUGACUUCCAAGAACAUGGACUACGUGGCCCAGUCCAUCCAUGAGGCUGUCACCAACGUCCAGUAAAGGCUUCAGCACACACUCCUCCUGCGUGUCGUCUGUUACAGGAAGCACUGUCCUGCCUGCCCCAGCCUACUCCUCUCCUCUGAUUGGUUAAACUACUUGAACCAAGCAGGUGUGAACCUCCCGGGGGUCUUGUUAGAAGACACCCAGCCUGUGGAUGAAAUCCCCUGAUUUAGAUGAAACAUUUAACCAUGAAGGAGCCGUAACCACGGGUAACGUGCACUUCCUGAGCUGCUGCUAGUGGCUCGUCCUGGUUUUAGGUCUCUGCUCCACCCCGACCAGGCUGCUCUUUUAUCUGUGUGUUGUGCAUGUGCAGCUUUCCUGUUGGACUUUUACCUGACGCCACUAAAGAAGUGAGUCGCACACUCCGCUUUUAUGUUAGGGUCUAGAGAAGGACAUUCGUGUUCUACUGAAGGUUUCACCUUCAUGCCCAGUCACCGUCUAUCCACAUGUUCAGAGCUCCUCUGAGCCUCCAGAGAAGAAGUCCCGAGUCCAGCUGAUCCCUCACGGCCACCGUCCUACGUUCCAGUGAUCUUAGCAGUGGCAGACUAGUAUGUUCAUGCUCAAAUAAAUGAUUAAACUCAAA